GGGCAUCGUUAACCCAAAAUGGCGACUCGGUGACAUCGAGUGGCGACGGCGAAAAUUACACCAAAUCGCUAAUUAAUCCAAUAAUGACUCGCCUUUAACUAAAAGUGGGAAGUGGGAGAAAUUGUGUGUUUUUAAAAAUUGUACCAUUAUUUCACAUUUGGAGUAGCUUAUUGGUUGAGUUAGCUAGCAGCCAAAAUGAGGAACAAGCUAGCUUGUUAGCUCGCUAACAGCGUGUCAAACAUUGUAGUUAACUCGACUUUCGACAUGGAAAUAUACUAAAUGGAACGUCCUGCGACGUGCGAGCUCCGCCCCCUGCUGGCCAACCAAUGGCGUGCUCCGAAAUCAGUCGGUUUGGAAAAUCAAAAAAUCCAGUCAAUCACGUGACGUCUAUGUGACGUAUCAAAGGCUAAAUAAAUCCGUUACUUUUGGGUGUCCGUUAAAACCCUCCUCCCCCCACGAUCUGUCGCCAGACCAGUGGAAAGACGAGCCUCGUCGGACAUCAUUUCAACUAACUCGAACUACAUUUGCCGCCAUGGAGCCAGACUGGGACUUGAUCCUCGAACUGAUCGACGAGGACUUAGGUCGCAAAAUCUCGCCGGAAAUUGACUCUUAUCGUCGGUUCGAAGACUGCAUCUACCACGGGGAACAGAUAAUGGCGCCUUUCAGUCAUCUGGCCCCUCCGCCACAAACAGUAAGACCCCCGAUGGCGCCCGUCAGUCAUCUGGUCCCUCCGCCACAAACAGUGAGACCCUCAAUGGCGCCCGUCAAUCAGCUGCCGCCACCUCCACCGACAGUCAGCUGUGUUCCUGUGGCGAUGCAGCCGGAGGUCAUGGGCCAAAAUCCUGUUGGAGUCAUGUAUAGCAACGGUCAGCUGCUGUUCAAGAUGGAACCUGGAGAGGAACCUGACACCUUCUUCACCAACCCUCCUCCAAACUCAUCAAAGAGAAAGAGGAGGACAGGGAACAAUGACGACAGGCCUUACAUCAAGAAGCCUCCAAACGCCUUCAUGCUGUUCAUGAAGGAGCAGCGUCCCAACGUCAAGGCCAAGUUCCUCAACAAGGACAGCGCCACCGUCAACAAAGCCCUCGGCCAGAUGUGGAAAUCUCUGACACCACCGGAGCAGGAGAAGUAUUUCCAGGAAGCUGAGGUCCUCAACCAAAUCCAUUCCAACAUGUACCCACAAUGGUCUUGCCGAGACAACUACGGCAAAAAGAAGAGGAGGAAGUGGAGAAACCCAUCAGGGUGUGUGUCAGAGGUGGGUGAGCAGUCCAGGAGCACGCGUGUGACCAUGGUCCACACCAUGAUGCUGCAGUCCGUCAACGACGUGGCCAUCACGCAGGAGGCGGCGGACAUGGACCUGGCCUUCUCCAUGCAGACAACGCCGCAGGACGCAGUGGUGGCGGCGGCGGUCUCUCCCUUGGAGCAGUGGACUCAGACCUACGUCAGCCAGAGCGCCACACAGCUGCUCAGUUUGGAAAACGUUCCGACAGACUUUUAUAAUUCAUGUGUAAAUAAUAACUAUUGUGGAUAUUGUUGAUCUGUUUGUCUUUGUCCUGCUAUAUUCUGUACAGUUACGUGUUAAGUUAAGUUAAGUUAAGAUUGUCUUUUUGAUAAGCACUCUGUAAAUACUUCUACAUUUUUGUUCUGAGUACGUACGCCGUUGUCACAAUAUUAAUUACAAAUAAGCUCUUGUCACUUUAAAUAAAUUAUAAUA